GCUGGGCGGCACCGCAAGUCUGGCGGCAGCGCCUGGCGCAAGCUCGCGGGGCGCGGGGACGCGGCUUCUCUCUGUCUCGAGGAGAGGGCCGCCGUGACCAAGCAGCCGCGUCGACACCAAGCGAGGCUAGACGCAGACGACGGCAAGGCGAUGCCGUUCGACCUCGGGAAGAUCGAGGACAACGCGGGAGAGGUGGGCAAUGUGAGCGCGAAAGUUCGGGAGGACGAAUUCAGCGCGCAGUUGUACGUCGCCCUAGCCCUGGCGAUGCCCGGGGGCUCGGCGGGGGAGCUGAUCGUGGGGAACAGCGCCCCAGGGGAAGGGGCCCUGUGCUGGGGGACGCUGACUAAGGUCGAGUUGCGCGAGGACGUUUUGGCCGACAUCCAGAAGUUCGACGAGAUCACUGCGCGGCACCAGCAGAUGACAGGCGAGGAGCUCUCAGACGCGAUGGGAAGAGUGAUCUUCACAAUGGCGCUGAAAUGUUACGCCGAACUCCAGGAGCACGUGUCCCGCAACAGUUCGCGCCUCAACGCGUUCGAGUUCGCGAGGGACGAGAUAGCGUCGACCAUGACAGCGGAGUGCGCAGCGACCGACCACCCGAUGGAGAUCGACGCGAGGUGGCCCAAGUUGGAGCUGAAGUUGCGGGCGCGGAGUACCCCGCGGUGGCGAAAGAUGCGGCGGUCGCUCGACGCAGGAGAGUUCUCUUCAGUUGCGCAGGUCAUUGGCUUAUUGAUGCGGCCACCGACUGGCCGCCGGCGACGAAUUCCUGGAUGGCGGAGGCCAGCCAGGCGCAAGGGUGGCAACAGUGAGAAGGGAGCUUCGCGGCACCAGAAGAUGACAGGCGAGGGGCUCUCAGACGCGAUGGGAAGAGUGAUCUUCACAAUGGCGCUGAAAUGUCACGCCGAACUCCAGGGGCACGUGUUCCGCAACAGUUCGCGCCUCGACACAUUCGAGUUCGCGAGGGACGAGAUAGCGUCGACCAUGACAGCGGAGUGCGCAGCGACCGACCACCCGAUGGAGAUCGGCGCGAGGGGUAAGAAGACGCGGUCGCACCACGCCGACUGUGUCUGGGGACCAGGCGCCCUCGAAGCGUGCGAGCGCGGCCCCUGCGAGAAGGCGUUCAGGGGCGAUCGAAAGAACUGCGCUGACUGGAAGCUGCACUUCUGCAAGUUGGGCCAUUGGAUCAUUGAUGCAGCCACCGACUGGCUGCUGGCGACGAAUUCCUGGAUGGCGGAGGCCAGCCAGGCACAAGGCUUUCGGGCGGGGCAACUGCGGGCUUGCAAGCUGAAGCUGGAACAGAGGUUUGGAGUGGAGAUUCAGAUGCAGGACCCGAUCGCGGCGUGGCUGGUGGACAGAGCGGGGCGGAUGACCCCGAAGCUCCAUCCGCGCAGCCAGGGGGGCCCAUCGCAUAAGAUGCUACGCGGCAGGGAAUACCGCGGCGAAGUCGCGGCGUACGGCGACGAGAUCAGGCACCGGAUCGGGAGUGCUGGCUGCGGACCGCGCUCGGCAGCGCACCGACAGCCGUUCAAGACCAUCUGGGAGAGCUUUCUCGCGGAGAAGGCUCCAGAUGCUGUGCUGGCGCGCUUGCUGCACCACGAUGCGUUCGUGGUGACGUUUUCGCUGUACCGCCAGGGACGCGGCUUGGGCCGCGUCUUCGACUGGCGCUGCGCCGUCGCCAUCUUGCGCGAGAUGGGCGUGCCGAUUCCCUCGCCAGUGUGGAACGAGGUUCGGUCAGUGGCGUUGGCGGACCAACCGGCAGUGAUUGCGCCUGCGGAGACGGCGGUAGUCGAGUACAACCAUCGCCGCAAGCGUCGGCGGCUGCAGAUUCAGCUUGUCAACCAGCAGCAGAAGAUAAAGGAGCUGGAAACGCAGUUGGCGCAAGCUACGUUAAGGGAUGGUCUCAAACGCAUGACGCCGUGGCAGGGCUUAUCGGUUGCGCUCAGGAGGAUCGCGUCGGGCGUGUCUGCCAAUAGGGCAGGUUUAGCAUUCGGCAUCGACCUAUCGCGGCAAUCAGUGACGAACUGGGAAAUCUGGCUGGACGCUUGCACUAUAUCGUGGGCCAGACGGUUUCACCACACCAAUGAGAAUGAAUUGAAGAUGCUCGGUCACGCAGCCGCGUACCACGUAAUUCGCGCAGAUGCAACGAAUGGACUUGUUUGGCAGAAAUGCAAAUUGCAUGCGGUCGAGGUCGGGUCGACUUACCUUGCGCUUGACAACGACGCGAGACAUUCACUGCUGAGGUAUUGUGAUUUGCAAGUUCUUCAGGCAGGUACCGCCUGGGAGUACCUGAUGUGUGUCAUGGUAAAACAAAUGGAUUCGAUUGGAUGCCCCACGUGGGUGUCUCCCGCACCAGAAGGCACGCUCCGAUUCUUCAUUGCGUGCACGGAUGCAGGCGGCGACAUUCGGGCUGUGCGGCGUCGGAUUAAAGUGGCGUGCGAGGAAGUUCCUGGCCUUGUCUAUCUGGAAGUAAACUGCUUCCAACAUCAAGGCCAUUUGGUCGAUGGGCACCAGUGCGUAGGACUUCAGUACUGCAUGGAAUUUCUGGGUUCUCAGGUGAAAUACUUCUCAGCGCUCCAGAAAAUCAUGAAUUGUUGGCGGGAGUACGGCGCAUUGCUCUAUACACAUUGGUCUUGCCAACCAGGAGAGGCAGCGAAUGCGUUUGAGCACGCCAGCCAUCUAGCGCCUCGUUGCAUAGCUGGGCGAUGGGGGUCGAAACUCACGAGCGAGAGACGUCUAUGCACCAUCAUGGACAGCGGUUGUUGGCGCCAGUUCGUGAAUUCCAUGACUGCCGUUCUUGAUAAGAAGGCGCGGGCCCGACUCAAGAAGGCGCAGGCGCAGAGUUCCACCAACCCCGACCCUAUUGGCAAAGCUAUGGAAGUGGUCAUGGCCGUCGACGAGCUGGGGAUCGAGAGCAGCAAGGCCUACUCUGCAACAAUGUCAAAAUGGGGCGCCGACGCCACGACUGCACUCAACGACGUCCCCUUCUUGAUUUGCAUGCGGCUCUCGCGUCUGGUAUCUAGCCCGCUCGAUCAUUUCAGGCGCGUGCUUCAACACCAUAAGAUGUAUGUGAAGGAGACUGGGUCGGGCUCGCUUGCGCAGCUCGUCUGGAGCAAGGGCGCCGCCAUCAUGGCUGAGUACAGCGCCAUGGCCGACGCGUCGUUCGAGACGGCCGACUGGUGUUCUUUCAUCGACGACCUUCCGAUUGGGACAGUUCGGAAAGUACAACCCUCCUUUGUGUAUUUGCUUGUAUCGGCAGCGGCGGAGUUCGACUUCCGCGUGAUGACCCACCUGCGCAGCUGGCCUUUCAAGCUGUUGCUCUUGGUCAAGGACGCUGCACGCUCGGCUUCUACAGAUAGGGCCCGUCUCGUCUCUGAGCUCGUUGGGCAAUGGGCUGCUGGGUCCCUUGACUGGGCCACUGCGAAGUUCGCCGCGCACGUGGGUAGACCUGUACUUGAUGACAUCGCUGUCACCGGCGUCAUGCCCGACACCAUCUGGAAGAUGGUGAAGGUCCUGAGCGAGCUGUGGCUCUGCGACAGCCAGGAGGUGGAGGGCUUCAACUCCAUCGUAAAGGCGCAAACCCAGGUGGCGCCCCGCAUCGAGCUCCCGCUGCUGUCGGCAAGGUGCUGCGCAGCUAAGCUGAUGCACGCGUGCCGCCCGCCCGGAACCAGCGUCACUAAGUGGAAGAACUUGCUCCCCCUGCUUGCUGACAUCCGGAGUGCGGCUGUAGAGGAGUUCGGGAGCGGGAUGAACCAGGCGCUGGUUCCGCUGCCAGACGCGGCGCUGGCCGCUCCAGCCGACCCCGGGAUGGGCGACUCGGACUCGGACCCAGACGAGCCGAGGCGGAGUCCAGCGAGUCCAGCCGUGGCCUUGGCCGACGGCGGCGCGGACGACGUCGGCACUGAAUGGGAUGUUGGUCGUUUGAACUUGCAGUGGUUUCGCAGGUGGAAAGAGGCUCGCGAUGUUCUGCUGAGCAACAGCGAACUGCCCACAGCUGGCUGCUUCGGCCUCAGGGCCGAUUCCAAGGCGGACGACGGCGAGACCAACAGCCUCUACUCGUCUACCGUUUGGUUAUGCCCUCGGACAAUCGGCUACACUGGGCUCCUGGUCCAGCUUGACGUAGUGACCAGUGGUGCGACGAUGGCUCUGCGCAGGCCUCUGACGACCACUCGCGCACAGGACGUCAUCGCAGAUUUCCUAUCGCAGGCUCUCGCCUGUCCAGAGGAGGCAUUCCACGUCUGGUACAGCAGGGUGACGUUCGUCGACGGCGGCUCUGCUGCGCUCGCGGCGGAGGAGAUGUCCGACGUGCUGUUCAUGGAACGGGUGCCCCCGCCCCCGCCGAAGCCGCGCCCAGCAGGUUCAGGUUCAGCAGCUGCUACCGCAAAGCCUGCUAAGCCGUAUGCGAGCGCUGCCAGCGGCGCCGCCGUUGGCGCGGCGCCUGAGCCUGCGGGCGACGUCCUUGAGGCCAUGGACGAUUGGGGCGACCUCUCAGAUGAGCGGAGGGCUUUUGUCUUGGAGGCGGCGCUGGGCAAGCACGACCACCUGGGCGAUGCGGAGGAGGAGGACUUGGAUCAGACCCCCGAUGACGCCGCGCUCAUCGAAGCCUUUGAUGACAGGGACAAGGCGGCAGUAGAAGCACUGCACACGGACAUGCCAGACGCAGCAAGCCUUUCACCCCACGUCGUCGAGGAGGCCCUUCUGGAGGAGCCCGAGGGCGACGACGCGCCAGUGGGCCCCGGGGACUCCACUGACGGCGCGAAGAUCGCCUUAUGGGCGGGCAACGCGGUGGAUGGAGUUGCUGCGCUCCAGUUCUGGCAGGACCACGUCGGUCAGGACCCGCGGGAUGAUCAAAUGUGCCUCAUGAAGUUCGGCGUCGCGACUGAGGCGGGCGGGGCCACCUCCACAGUCGGCUACGUCAAACUAUGGGACGUUGGCACCAUGCGCGGACAGACAGCCUCCCUGGACGCGCACUCUCGAGUGAUUUGGAGUGUGCAAACGUAUCACCCCACGAGACAUUUCGUUGGGGAGGGCACAGAGAUGCUGCACCCUGCGCUGGGCGUGAACAUGAUCAAGGAGAAAGCCAAGGGCCGCCCCCUUAUGCCACAGCCCGCCAUCCAUUUGCACCGCGCGUUUAGUCUCGGAUAUGGGGGCGGCUACAGAAGCGUAGACGACAUUGGGCAAUGCUUCAUCUGCGAACGCCACCGUGCGGAGGGCUACGCCGAGGGCUACGCCGCAGGCGAGAACAAGGGCUACGAGGAAGGCUUCCAGGACGGCUGCCUCGCAGGGCACUUCUACCACCUCGGCUUCUCAGAGGGCCUCUACGCCGAGGACUACAACGCCGAGGACGAGUACUACGAGGACUACAACGCCGACGACGAGUACGGCAAGGGCGAGGGCUCGGACAAGGACUUCGGCGUCGACGACUGCGCUUGCUCGGACAGCUCGGCUUGCUUGGACAGCUACAGCGACUGGAGCUGGGACUUCGGCGUUGACGAGGACCAGGCCGCGGAGAGCGAGGACGACUGGAGCUGGGACUUCCAGGCCGUCGAGGCCGAGCAGGCCGUGCAGGCCGCGCAGGCCGUGCAGGCUCCGAACAGGAUGGGCUGUGGAGAUUCGACUCUCCACAGACGUCUUAGGGUUCAGUGCCUGUGGAGACCAGACUCUUCACAGCCCACCCUAGGAUGGGCUGUGGAGAAUCGGCUCUCCACAGACGUCUUAGCGAUCCGUGACUGUGGAGAGUCGACUCUCCACCGCACAUCCUGGGAGGGCACUGUGGAGAAUGGAGUCUCCACGCGCCAACCCUUCCAGGAAGCGCGCAGGGAGCUUCGCAUGCUUGCCGAGCCGCCUGCUCACAUAUUCGUUGACAUGAACAACUUCUGGGAUGACGAGCGGGCAGCUGCAGGCGAGCUCACGGUUGAUGAAUACAUGGUUUUGGUCAAGUCGGGCAAGGGCUUCAGCCUGACGGGGUAUUGCAUCACCCACGACAGCUACUCUUGCGCCGCCGAAUCUGCCGACGUUCACGUCGCAGGGCACCCGUGCCAGGACUGGAGUUCCCAAGGCCUGAGACAGAAGCACAACGGCCAAACGUUGGCGUGUACAAUGGCGUGGGUUUGCCACAGGUAUUGGUUGGGCGACAAGGUAUGGGUGAGCGAGAACGUGCCAUCUUUCGACCCCGCACUGAUGCUGACGAUCUUAGAGGACAAGUACAUCAUCCAGACCACAGUGCUCGACACUCAGGAGCUUGGGUGGCCUCAGCGACGCAAGCGCCGGAUCACGCUUGGCAUCAAGAAGGACCUGAUCAUCUCCCGCCCCUGGGACGCGAUCGCUCCCGCCACCACCGCCCGGAUCAUUGACGGGUUGACCUGGCGCGACCUCUUCGUUGCUGAGCCGAAGGAGUUGCUAGACGAGCUUCGGUGGGCUUCUUCUCGGCCGUCCUCACUCUAUAGGCAUACCGACGAGGGCCUCAGGGCGGCACUUGCCGCUGGCAGGCAGCACGGUGGCAGCGGUCUCAAGAAGAUGCUGAAGUACGCCGAUACUGCCGCUGCCAACAAGGGCACUGCUCUUGUCGACGAGCUGGUGUCGUUGCACAGGAGGUCUGCAUACACAAAGGCCCUCAGCCUCUGGGAGCUGGUGAACCUGUAUGGGUACAUGGAGAAAUACGGCGGAGAUCAAACAUAUUUCCUGAACCAGAACUUUUUGGUGUGGCCACACCAUGGCACGACAAACGUUCUGCCGACGCUCAUCAGGAACAUGUCGAUGUUGUUCUCGGCCGUCCAUGGCCGCUGGGUAACUCCCAUGGAAACGUUGCUAGCGCAAGGGUUUCCAGUGAUGGCGCCGUUCGGCGCGAAGGGUGACUCGUCAUUCACGCGCGACAGGAACGACUUCCACAUCCCCGAUCGCAAGCGCAGUGAGGUGUUGCACCAGUCUGGCAACGCGAUGAACGUCCACAUGAUCGGCCUGGCCUUGCUGUACAAUUACUUGUUCAUCACGGCAUUCUUAUCUUUCUCUCUUUCUCAACUCAACCUCUCGGAGCCCCGAUCCCCGAAGUCGAGCCAGAUGGCUCAGAUGGACGGCGGUUCCUUCGCGCCGUUGUUCGAAGAUGACGACGCCGACGCCAACGCCGACGUUCAGAUGAUGGUCGGCCGGUUUGAGCCGUGCGAGAGCAUAUCGGUGCGCUACCCGGGCUUGAAGGGGAACUUGCUGCAGCAGAGAGUCUUCGAGGACUAUACCAUCGCACCGCAGGGUGCCAAGCUGGCUUUCUUCAUCGGGCGCAACGCGUCCGACCAAGUCAAGGCGCUCGAGAGGCACAGGCUCAAUGCGCGUGAGCACACGACAACUCGUGAGACUUAUGUGCGAUCAAUACUUGCGACUGGGGCAAUGGUUGGCGUCCGUGGGCAAUGCUGGGCUGUGCCGAGCGGUGCCAAUGAUGGCAAGUAUCUUCUCAUGAGCUCGGCCACGCUGGUGGAAGCCGUAUACGUCGCUUUCAUGCGGGAACCGCGCAACAGGUAUGUGCGGCGGUCUUUGUCGAACGGGGUCAGCAACUACUUGCUCUUCCACCAGGAGACGCCCGACGACGUGCUGAUAUACCUGAAGGAGCUGAACAAUGCCUUUCACCGCGGAGCUGGAACGUCUUUCCUCGAGACGAUGGACCGCGUCGGCGACGCGGACAAGUCGUGGAAGAUCUACGCCAGGGAGAAGCGCAUCACGUCAAGAAGUUGCCCGUCCACGGGUCCUGAUACAUAUUUGCAACAAUACUGGAAGCACGUAUCCAAACAGUUCCCAGGGGUGUGGAAGAACAACUUCAGCUUCACGAAUUCGAAGGUUAUCGUCAGUGGGCUGGAUCGCUUCAAAAUGGGGAAACAAUUCCUGGAAGCCAUGUGUUCGUGUGUGAACUUUUGCCACCCGAGCAUGAACACUGAGAAGAUUCUGGCCUCCAUUCGGGACGUGCUUGCAGAGAUCACUAAGUCUUUCAGUGAGACUAUCCCCGAGUUUCAUUUGAUUAUCAUCUUGACCGAGGCCUUCAAGUUUUGCGUGCCCAAGGUGCUGUCUUUCGAAGAUCCAGACGAUGACCCCACUUGGAUCUGCGCCGACUCCGCUCAGACGGGCGACUUCAUUAUGAGACUUCAGCUUGACAUGGGCGGUUCUGUGAUGUUCAAGCCAAAGGCGAAGCCAAAGGGGAGGCCCAAGUCCAAGGCGAAGGCAAAGGCAAAGGGAAAGGCAGCUGCAAGGGCGGCAGCAAGGAAGGGGGCCGCCGGGGCCGCCGCCGACGAGGAUCUCGACGACGAGGAUCAACCAGACAUGGCGGUUGAGACCAUCGGCACCAAGAUUGACUUGGCGGCCGAGGCGUUUGCAGGCUCUGACGAGGAGGAAGGGGCGACUGGGGCAACUGGGUCGGCGGGGGCGCAGGUGAAGGCGCCACAAAGCCGCGAGAAGAAGUUCUUGGACGAGCUUUACAGCGCCGUUGUCGCAGUGGUUCGCAAGGUUCCCGACGAGAAGCUCAAUGUGGAGACCCUCCGCGAUUGCUACAGGAACGGCAUGCACUUCGCGGCGAAGUCGAAAGUUAUCAACGAGCAAUUGUUUUCCGACUGCGAGACCUGGACUGCGCUGCGAAGCACGAUCCGUAGAGUCAUGAGGCGGCAUCACGGUCACGUGCUUGACUUGCUCUCCCCAGUCGACAUGGAGGAGGCGGGAGCAUCGUCGCAGGGCAGCGGCAACAGCGGCGAUGUUGACGUCGACAUCGACCUGAAGGACCUGAACGUGCCUGAUGGUAAGGACCUGCUCAUCAUGCACUACAGAGCCAAGUUCACGGAGUCCGUGUCAAAGGAGGAGGUCAAGGCAGCCGUGCGCAGCUUCGUGGACUCGUGUGACCUAGACCUGCCUGUGGAUCUCCGGGACUACUUCGUUCAGUGGUCCCAGAGGGUGCUCAAGGUCAUCAAGCCGAAGCUCGACGUCACGACCAAGCGCCUAGACAUCUCUGCCCUGAUUGAGUGCUGCGCGACCGCUUUCAAGAAUGACGGUGGCGUCUUCCUGCAUUUGGAGGGGCUGAUGCAGCUCUGCGAAUGCGCCAAGGAGGAGGAGGUGACCACGGUGACCACAGUGCCAGACUAUGCGAUACCAGAAAUUUGGGGAAAUGAUCAGCGAUACCUCGACGCCGUCAGUAACUUCCGUGCCACCAUGAUGAUCGCUGGGCUACCCAAGUUCGCCUCCUUCGUGAGCCAGCACGACUCUCACCUGCUGUCCAAGAUGUCGGGCGAUGCCAACCUUGCAGAGCUCAUCAGCAACGUCGAUGUGUGGCUGCAUUGGUCGAGCGAGUCAGAUUCGGCAAGCUGGUCGAGUUUCUGGCAGGCGCUCCUCCGCUGUCCCGACAUCAAGAAGGCACAGCAGUUUGCAGAUGAACGGGCCAAAAGGAUGCUAUCGGAGUUGGGUGCCAGGGCGACGCAGCUCCACACCGAGGCCAUUGCUGCAGCCAAGGAGAAGAAGCUAGCCGAGGUGAGAGCGGCAAAGGCCCAGGAGGAGACGAGCGUCGUCGCGGUGGGAGAUGGCGACAAGUCGGAGCCAUCUCAGAAGAGGCAGAAGACUGACCAGCACGUUUCCGUGGCAUCUAUCCACGCAGAGUUCGCCCAGGCUGUCCUCCAGCAGCUCCCGCAGGGCGAGGACCCGCACGCGCAGUUCAUGCCGACUUACAUCAUGCUAGCGCUGAGCAAAGCUGAGUCGAGCCUCAUGACUGCGGCGAUCUGCGGCUCCUUUGCGGAUCAAGCGUGGGACUGCCUCUACACGGAGCACUCGAAGGUUGCCGCUGGGGAUGCGCACUUGUUCGCGUCGCCGCCCAAGAAGACCAUUCGCUUGACCUUCGCGGGGAAGUUGCCCCUCCUACCGGCGGUGGGAUCCAUCCAUGUCGGCACUCUGUUCAACGUGAACAUGUACCUCCACCCUCCUGCCCUGAGAGUCCUCACAGGCACGUUCUUCAUGCCAGCGUGGCUGGUCAGGACUUGCAAACUCAAUGGAGACGGCUUUCCCUUGGAGACACCGACUUGCGAGGUGCACGAGAAGAAGAUCAGCGUCGAGUACGAAGUUCCUGGGUUUCUGGGCGCUCCUGGGAAGUUGGUGAAGUUCGACAUCAAGCACUUUUACGUCGUGCUGAAACAAGAGUUCGCCUCGGAGGUGGAGGCUGGCAGCGUGGAGAUGAUCCGCGCGCCCAUGAAGGCUGAGUUGUGCGAGGUCUCGGAUGCGUGGGCGAAGUCGCUCGUCGUGAAAGCCAGGGAGCGCAAGCCAGCGCCCAAGGCGAAGGCCUCCAAGCCGUCCCACACCGACGUGCAGCUAUCCUGCAAGCACCUCCUGCCAGAUGACGUUCUGCGCUGGAGCUCGGAUCUGCGGGAGCAUGGCGUGCACGUCGAGGUGAACGCGGCCACGGCCCCCGAUGGUGAGCACAUCGGAGGGUUUCCGAUCGCCAGCAUGACGGAUCGGAAAGUUCGGUGGAGGUUCGUGGCCACAGGUCACGACCAGCGCGAGGAAUGGCCAGGGCAGCCAGAACAGACGCGGCACCUCAAGAAAAUCAUUGGUUACGCCGACACGUUGCCUGAGACGGAGGAGCCUGGGUUCGUCUGGACGGCGGAUCCGAGGCCAGAGACGACAUGCGCGAGCAUGAUGGGGAUGCAGCACGCGUCGAACCCCAGCGUCCUGAGGUUCUCGAGGGUGCAGCGGCUGGGACUCCAGUGCUGCAUCUACCUCAUCGAGACGCAGAAUCCAAGCGAGUUGCAUAUCUAUAGCGACAGCGCAGAGCACGCGGGUGAUGCGACGGCGGGCACCCUGACGCAGAACGGCGAGUGGCUGGAGAUCUUAGCGCACGGCAGCUCCCUCAACCUGAGGUCUGCGGGUGGCUGCGCGGCCGUUUGCCCCGCGCUGGCGUACAACGGAGCGAGGCGCAAGUUGCCGAUGACGUUUCGCGCGGUGAACGCGCAGGCGAUCUUCCGAGCCAGGUGGCUCGCAGUGGCCAGGGCCCAGGAUGACUCGGCGUCCAGGCUGAUCGGCAAGGGCGAGAUCCCGAACAAGAAGCAGGCUCAGGACGUAGAGCAACUACGCGUGGAAGCCACGACGCGCGGGCCGACGCCAGCACUGAGCCCGAGCGACCCAGGGGCUCAGGAGGCUGCGCGGAACUGGAUUGAAGCGCCAGAGCAAGGCCUCGCCCUCUCCGUCCCCAUGGCCGACUCCACCAGCUUCGAGGCGGAGGCCAUGCAGGCCUUCACACAGAAGGCGAUGGAGACCAUCCUGGCCCAGCUUCCUGCCGCGCUCAGCGCGGCCACAGUACCGCUCAUGGAAAAGUAUGAGGUUGACGUGGGCACUGAGUCAGUACCGAUCCAUAUUUCCGCGGACAAGAACAAGAAGAUGGUUUCCACAGAAAUUGCAUGUAAGAAGCUGCAGAGGUGUCUCGCCGACCGUGGCAUCCGCACUUUCCUCGACAAGGAUAAUGGUCAACUCAUGGCCAAGUGGGAGCCCUUGGACCCACGCGUUCGAGCCAAGGGUAAGAGCUUUGUCGCUGGUCGGGUUCUUCUGGUCACUAUCCAUAAUUCAGUGGUCGACUUCACCAUCUACCACUGGAACGUGCACAAUUUUGCCAUCGACGCUGCUGGCCUGAAGGAGAUCCAAGCAUGUAUAAAAUCUCAGCUUCGGCGAGUGCGCGAUGAUCCGCUGAAGUACACGGUGAUCCUCACGGGCGACUUCAACAUUCCUGCGAAGCCCAUCGAGCACCAUCGGGGAUUCAGCCCUGCAAAGUCACCACCCCACGGCCACAUGCACUCCGAGUUCGGCGGCAUCGAGGACAACACCGGCCACCUGCACACCACCUUCUGGGUCAUGUUCUCCGAGUCCGUCCUCUUCUUCGGCUUCGUCUCCUGCAUCCUCCCAACCACCCGCAGCCUCCCCCAGUACCGCGUCGACGGGGGCUUCACAGGGGAGGCAGCCUCGCCCGUCGCGUUCCGGAGCCAGCUGAGGGACAAGGACGAGCUCGUCGAAUUUCGUUUCAUUGAUUAUGAGAUGCCCCGCGACCCGAGUAGGGUCAGGGUAAUCACUGCCGAAGAGCAGGUGAAGUAUGCCAUCGCGAAGGCCCGUGCUGCGUACUCUCGCAAGGAGAGAG